GGGUAUUUAAAUAUUCGGAAACAGCCGGGGCGAAAUUAAAAUAAAAACGCUGGUCAGCUGGGGCAAUAGUUUCUGCUGGUGAAUGUUACGGUGUGGGGCAAAAACGAGACAAAAGAAAAACUUGCAAGACACUUUACGGUUUUCUUAAAGAUGGGACACAGGGGUCCGGGCAGGCUGGCGGCCCGGUUGGUGGUCCUCGUUGCGUUGUGCUCCUGGUGCGGGACGGCGGCAGCCUUUUUCGCCUGGAUGAGGAAAGGCACCGAGUCACCCCCGCCGCCGCCUCCGUCGCCGGGCCCAGACGAAUACACUCCCCCGUUUGAGAUGAGCGUGGCGGACGAGAAGUUCCUGGCGGAGGCGAAGACGAUGGAGCUUAGCCCUCUGGAUACCUGUCACUACCGGGUGGUAGCCCAGUUGAAGUCCACCUGCAGCGGCCUAUCGGAGGAGCAGCUGGCCAAGCUGGGCGUGGUCCUGUUCAACUGCCAGUCCGAGGUGGAGGGCCGCAGAACCUUCCCGUGCACUGAGGAAAUGACCCUGAAGGAGUGCACUGCGGACAUGGACUCGGACACGUGGAACGCCUACCACAUCGUGAGCAACCGCGCGCGCUCCGUGUGCUACGCCACCCGCCAGCAGCACUUCCGCCGCAAGGCAGAGCUGACCGUCAACGCCCUCAUCUCCACGGCGACCAGUCAGCUGGAGGCCAUGCAGGACCUGAAGGAGGGCCAGCUGGAGCUGAGGGAGCUGACGGUGGCCUCUCUGGAGAAGCUGCUGCAGGGGCACAGUGCGCUGCAGGAACAGCAGGGGGCGCUGCAGCAGGGCCAGGACCAGCUGGAGACCUCCAUCAGCUCCAACCUGCAACGGCUGGGGCAGGAGAAGGCCCUCAUCGCCUCCGGCCAGGAGCUGGUGGCCCAGCUCAUCCAGGGCAUUACACAGAGAAUGGAGAAUGUCAGCGAGCAGCUGAAAGGUCAGGGGUCAGACCUGCACGAGGGACAUAGGGCCAUUCUGGAUGACCUGGCUGAGGUCAGAGGUCGAGCACAGGACAUCUACAGCAAAAUCGAACACAACCUGUCUGGGUUCCUGCGGCAUCAGAACCGCACGGCCCGGUACUACUCUGACCUGAUGGGGAAGCUGGAGCGGAUGAACGGCACCCUGGGAUACAUGCUGCUCUACCUGGACAACAUGCAGAGCCGCCUGGAGGACCGACUGCACCUCAUACAGAGGUACCUGGGACAGGCAGGCCUGAGCCUGUCGGCGCUGUGGACCUGCGCAGUGCAUGCUGGGUACUUCCUGCUGGCGGCGCUGGUCCUCUCCUUCCUGCACUGCCCCUUCUUCUCCCGCGCCACCCUGCUGGUGACCGUGCCACUCAACGCCCUGGCAGAGCUCAACCAGCAGCCUGCGCUGGACCUGCCCAGCCUCAGCCUACUGCUGCUCACCCUGUCUCUGGGUCACUGGUUUCUGCAGCAGCUCUUGUGGGGCUGUUCCAGGCUCCGGGGGAAGGGGGCAAGGUCUGCCCCCCUCCCCCCGACAGAAACCCCAGUGCCCCGCGGCAGACCGUCCCAGUGCCCCCGCCUGAGGUCCUCCACUCCUGACCGCGACCUGCUUGAUGGUGUCAUGGCGCCAGAUCCCUUGGAUCAGGAUAGUUUUGCAUUUGAUGACCCCUGUGUGGCCCCUCAGUUCACUCGGAUCGAGGAUCCCCGAUUUCUGCCUCCUGUCCUGGGCACUCUGAGCCACUCCACUCCCAGGCUUAAGAGCAGGCCUAGUUUUCCUGGUGGCGGUCUAGGGGCUCUGGAGGGAAUUCCCCAGAGGAACCUGGGCCUUGCUCUCGACGGGGCGGGUGAUUCGCGGAGCGCCAGUCCAAACCAGUCCGUCUCCAGCAACAGCUCAGCCUCGGGCAGGCAGCUCUGUCACGGCACCACCAAGACCGGUCUUCCCUGCAAGAAGAGGGCGCUGUUGGGCCAGGACUACUGCAGGAUCCACGAGGGAGGCUACACUUCCUACAACCCCAUGUGACUCCACCCCCCCCCCCCCUCCUGACCACACCCCUUUUAUUCUGCCCGUCAGAACUGCCCCGCGUUACUGGGGACUAAAAUGCGACACUAAAUGGCCCAAAAUGUUUGCCUGCAGGGCGAUCAGAUCUUUCGAAGGCUGGUAUCAGCUGUGUGUCUAUGUGCACAUCUUUACGCUGCUGUCAUGUGGUUGGUUACUAACAUAGAAGACAUUGGUGAACCGUUACACGUGUGCCUCUGUGGACGUAAUUGUAUUAUUUAUUUAUUUAUAUAUACGUAUACUGUUUUUUACCCAAACCCCCUAAACUUUUCGAAGGAGUUUGUGUGGAGUGCUGGGAUCUUUGCCUGGCAGGGUUGACUAUAGCUGCAACCCCUGAGAACUUGACAGGAAGGAAUGUCUGUGAUGUCACAAGAGUCUGUGAUCAAAGGCAAGGGGAACUCCGUGCCUGACUGUGAAUUAACUUACUAUCCUCUACGAACUAAUUUUAUUAACUACACUGUUUUUACUGUUUGUACAGAGACAUGGGCCUUCAGUUGGGAUUAAUUUGCAGGCCAGGUCAACUGACCAGAUCAGCGCUACUGCCGUUGGGCAGACUCAAAUGUCCCCUUUCUGAACCGCCUCAGUUUGUCUGUUAUAUUUCUGUCAGAAGUUAAAGAAUCUGUAAGUGCAAGGAUAGAUUUAUAUUUGUUUGUUUGUGUUCAGUAUGUAGCGAUGUGUUUUGUGAGAUUUCUGAUUUUAUAAACGUGCCUGCCGCAAAUGUUUUUAGCUACCUAAGGGCCGUGCUUUUGUUUUUAUAUUGCGCAUUUUUAUUCGUAUUCAUUGUAAUAAAUUAUUUUACCUUGAA